AUGCAAAGCUCAAGGGAGGCACGUUCAGUGUCCAGGUCUAGGUCUAGAUCUAGAUCUAAGCCGAAGACCAAAUGUGAAUUUAGAGGAAAACCACCCCGUGUGAAAGGUCGCGCAGAUCUAGCCAAGAAACCUCAUAUCGUGACGAAAAUAAUUGCUGCUGUCAAAGCUAAUCACGACAGAAAAGGAACAUCUAUUCAGACAAUUCGCAAAUCUAUCGCAGCCACUACAACCACUGGUGUGUCUGCUAAAUGUCUGAAUACCCAGAUCAGAAGGGCUAUUGAUGAAGCUUUGCAGAAGGGAAUUCUCGUUCGCCCGAAGGGUUCACAGAGCACGGGGUGUCGAGGUCGUUUUCUUCUCAGUCAACUUGGACGAAAGCCAACUUCAACGAGACCACGUGCCUCGCCCCAACGACAACGCAAAUCAUCAAAACGUCAAAGUAAAUCACCGAAACGUCGACGCUCGUCACUUAAAGGGCAGGGUUUGUCACGUGGCAGGAGUCGAGGGCGGUCCAGGUCCCCGAGAAGGAAGGCAAAACGGAGACGAUCCCCCAAAAAGAAAUUAAAGAAGUCGAUCAUGCGUCACAGGACUCUAUCUCGUUCUAGUAAAACGACGAAGAGAAGAUUAAGCUCCAGUAGGAGCCCAAAGAAACACAAGAAGAAGAAAAAGAAAUAA